CCUGGGCUCAACUCCAGAGCCCGCCGGUGAAUGGGCAGGUUAAUCCGGCAGGACUCUGAUACUCAUCUGUAAGAGUACAAUAGCCGUUAGGGUCGUUUCUUGUAUUAAAUAGGGUAGUGUAUAUGAAGUUUGAUAAGGCUUCAAUAAAGGUGAGCUGCUUUUCUCAUUAUGCUGUUCUUUUCAUUAUUGGCUUAUUUAAUAAUAACCAUCCUUUGAAUCGGUAUUAACCACCUCCAUUUAAUAAAUACAGAUCCUAAAGGUUCAGAGAGAUAAACUGGUUUAGCCAUCAUCAGCAGGUGGGAUUUAAAUUCUGAUUUGUUUUACUCCGUAUUCAUGCUGUUUCCCACCCUGAAGUUUUAUUUAAUACAGUGAUUGUCCCUGAGUACCACCAGCGUGUCGUGGAUCUAGUCUUACCUUAGUGUUAGUCGCUCAGUCUUGGCCGACUCUUUGGGAGCCCAUGGACUGCAGCCCACCAGGCUCCACUGUCCAUGAGAUUUUACAGAAAAGAAUGCUGGAGUGGGUUGCCAUUUCCUUCUCCAGGAAUCUUACCUUACAGUAUUCUAUUUUCCUUAGAACCCCUGUGUAAAAGGUUAAUUAAGGCCCUUCUGCAUUCUCUGACCUGUGUGUUCUCAGAUGGCUGUUAAACAUGUAAAUUUAAACCAUAGUUGAAACCCUGAAUUUUAAGUUUUACUGGAGAAGCUAAGAAUCGUAUCCAAGCCAGGUCGGAAAUGGGACAGACUUUUUAAAAAGAUGAAAACUGCGAUUUCAUCCAUGCUCCAUAUUAUGAAGGUGAUAUCAUACGGCCUCUGAUUGGAUGGUGCAUCUAGACUUAGUAAGUAGAUGUUUUGUAAGUACCAGGGCAGCUGGAAGUGGUAUCCUCUGCAUAUGGGAAGGACCUCACAUUAUGGCAUCUAGUUAACUUUUGCUCGCUACAUGAUGAAGUGCCUGUUUGGGGAUUAUGCUCCCAAAUUGUUGCUUUAGAAGUUAAAUUUGUGUCACUGUGAAGAGAUUAGAUGGCUAUGUCAGAAUUCGUCAAGGCCUAUCCGCACUUAUUUGCUCUAGGCCCCAGUCCAAGGUUGGAGGGGACAGUGCAUUCCCCGGUUCUAUUGUAUCUGUGGUGUUGAGCUGAAGAUUUACAGAAUUAGAAUAGUACAUGAUUGUUUAAAAUUACCUAAUUCCUUCUCAUGUUAAAGAUAAAAGCAUAGAACUAAGACCAUCACUAGGUUUGUUAAUAGAGCUUAGCAGAGCUGGAGCCUCCCUCCACUAUACCAUUUAUAGUCAAAGUUUUUGAAAAAGUGAUUUUGGAGAAAAUGAAAUUUAGGAAGAAGAAACAUCCUCUUUUUGAGAGCUUUGAAGACUUUCUAACGUUGUGGGGUUUAUAAUAUUGAUAGGCAAAAUUGUUAUGUAACUUAAAGAUUUUCCAUAUUAAUAGAUAUUUCUCUUUAUAAACAUUAUUUGUAAUGCCAUGAUAGAGUUCCAUACUUCGGAUAUAUGUUAUAUGCCUUGAUUAACUAAUCUGCUAUUAUUGGACAUAUAAGUUUUCAAUUGUUUGUAUUAUUUAGUAAUGGACACAUAAUUUUUGAAACAGCCAAUAGGAAAAACAUGUUUAGAUUCAAAAAUGUCCAGAUUCAUCAAGAUUAUAUGAGUCACCAAUGGACAGGUGGGUACUCCUUUAUUGUGGUCCUUCCUAUUCCUUCUUGUGGCUCAAAGGGACAUUUUCCCAGAGGUUUAUCUUUUACUAAAAUGUUGUAUGUAAAUUUCUCACAGGUGAUCCUGACUUCAAGAUAAGGUCUCUUAGGACUUCUGUCUUUCAACUUUUCCUGUCCUGACUUCAUAGUUUCUGUACUUUCUAAUAGCAGCAGAAAAUGAACAAGUACAGGUUUGAAUUGAAAUAUGUUGUUUCAGGGACCAGUGACAUUUAAGGAUAUUACUGUGGAAUUCACCCGGGAGGAAUGGAAGUUGCUGGACACUGCUCAGAGGACCCUAUAUAGAGAAGUAAUGCAGGAGAACUACAGUCACCUCAUCUCAGUGGGCUAUUGUGCAAAUAGACCAAAUGCAAUCUUCAAGUUGAAGCAAGGAAAAGAACCAUGGAUAUUAGAAGUACAAUUUCCACGUCAGAACAACCCUGAAGACCUAUGCAAUACUCAUGACCAAGGAGCAAGAUGCCCGGAAAGCCAAGCUGAAAAUUCAAGGAAUGGAGAACUCAAGAAACAUCAGAAAACUCAUACCAAUGAGAAAACCUAUAAAUGUAAUGAAUGUGGAAAGUCCUUCUACCAGAAGUCUAUCCUCAUGAUACAUGAGCAUACUCAUUCAAAGGACAAACCCAGCGAAUGUGAGAAAUCCGACUCUCAGAAUGGAGACCUCACAAGACAACCAAAAACUCCUACCAGAGAGAAGACCUAUGAAUGUAAAGAAUGUAAGAAAACUUUCUACCAUCUGUCAUCUCUCAGUAGACAUUUGAGAACUCAUGCAGGAGAGAAACCCUACGAAUGUAAUCAGUGUGAGAAAUCCUUCUACCAGAAGCCACACCUCAUGGAACAUCAGAAAACACACACAGGAGAAAAACCCUUUGAAUGUACUGAAUGUGGGAAGUUCUUCUAUGUUAAGGCAUACCUCAUGGUACAUCAGAAAACACACACAGGGGAGAAACCAUAUGAAUGUAAGGAAUGUAGGAAGUCCUUUUCCCAGAAAUCACACCUCACAGUACAUCAGAGAACACACACAGGGGAGAAACCCUAUAAAUGUAAGGAAUGUGGGAAAUUCUUCUCUAGAAAUUCACACCUCAAAACUCAUCAGCGAACUCACACGGGAGAGAAACCCUAUGAAUGUAAGGAAUGUGGUAAAUGCUUCUACCAGAAGUCAGCUUUAACAGUACAUCAGCGAACUCAUACAGGGGAGAAACCCUUUGAAUGUAAUAAAUGUGGAAAAACCUUUUACUAUAAAUCAGACCUCACUAAACAUCAGAGAAAACACACAGGGGAGAAGCCCUAUGAAUGUAAUGAAUGUGGUAAAUCUUUCUCUGUGAAUUCAGUCCUCAGAUUACAUCAAAGGACUCACACAGGAGAGAAACCCUAUGAAUGCAAGGAAUGUGGGAAAUCUUUCUCUCAGAAGUCACAUUUUGUUAUACAUCAGAGAAAACACACAGGAGAGAAACCCUAUGAAUGUAAGGAGUGUAAGGAAACAUUUUUUCAAAAAUCAAAACUCACUGCACAUCAGAAGACACACACAGAAGGGAAAAGCUUAUAAACAAUAUCAAUUGGAGAAUUCUUCUGUCUGAAUUUGUCCUUCAGAAUAAUCAGAUAACUAACACAAGACAAAGACAUAUCAUCAAUAUGAGAAAAUUUCAGCCAAUUCUUUCAUCAUGGGGAGAAAUUCUAUAAAUCUGUUAGGGAGAAAUUUUCACCAUAUGUCAGACUUCUACUAAAUUUCAGACAACAUACAUGGUAGAAACACUACAAAUGGUAAAACAUGAGGGAAACCUCUCUUUGAGAAGUCAUACUUUAUUGUACAACAUUUAAACCAUAUAAGAGAAAUCCUGUAAGAAAAAUGAAUAUCAGGAAGUUUCUGUCAGGGUAGCCAUCAUAAAUGAGGAAUUUCUAUCAGUAUCCUGAGCAUUCAGAAAUCUUUUUAUACCAGUUGGACUCAUUAGCACAUUCUAAAAGGAGAUAAUCACAAAGAUUACAACGUACAUGGAAGGCUUUAUCAAGAAGUGAUGUUUCAGUGAAUGUCAGAUCAGUGAUAUAAAGUAUAGAACCUUUUUUUAAAAAUAUUUUAAAUAUGUGAAACCUUUUAAGCAAAAAUUCUGAGAGAAUAUGUACAAGGGAACUACUUAUACUAGGAGUCAUGUUGCAGAAAUCUGAUUACAAGGUUGUUUUAAAGAAACCUGCAAAUGUCAGGUAUAUGAAGUUUUGUAAAAAGCACAAAUAAAUUGAAAAAUGUGACAUCAUUAACACAUGUGAAAAGUCCUUUAGUAUGUAGGACUUAUGUGUGAAUGUCAGUGUGCUACAGAACACAGACUGUGGAUGUUUGAUGUGCAUGUGAACCCAUCCAUAAUUGUACACAGUGAAAUAUGUAGCCUUAUUUAGUUCAGUAACUUUUAUGUGUAUGAAGAUAUCUCUCAUUUAGUCUCAGCAGGGACUCCUGUUGUUAACAGAAUGUAUAUUUAAGUGUAGUAUUCUUUUAAAAUUAUAAUGUAUCUUUUUUCCCCCUAUUUCUGAAUGGAUAUGGAUUUUACUGAACUAAUCCUUCAGAAAGAAUAUAAAAAUGUUUCUGUAAAAUUUGCAACUCUCUUAUGGUUGGCCAAAUUUUACACCAGGGAUACAUUUACAGGAAAAAGGCUUCCCUGGUGGCUCAGUGUAAAGAAUCUUCCUGCCAGUGCUGGAGAUAUGGGUUCAGUUUCUGGGUUGGGAUGGCAACCCACUCACUCCUGUAUUCUUGCCUGGGAAAUGUCAUGGACAGAGGGGCCUGGAGGGCUCUGGUCAACGGGUUCACAAAAGAGUGUGACAUGACUUAGCAACUAAACAACAACAAGUUCAUUUUUAAAAACAGCUGAAAAUCCCUAUACAAUAAAAGAUAAUACUAUGUGAAGAAAUAUCUAUGUUAGUGUUGUUUUAGCAAGUUGCAGAGCUGUCUGAAUUUAUAUUUUGUAUGAGAGUCAUAAAUGUUCUUCACUACCUUUUUCUUUCUACUAGAAGCAACAUGACAUAGAGGUUAAGAGUAUGGACUUUUGACUCCUACUGCCCAGGCUGUUUCUAGUAUGAGGCACGCACCUAACCUCUCUGUGCCUCAGUUUCCUUUUUCAUAAAAAAGCGAUAAUAGGAUUGCUUUGAGUUGUAAAUGAGUUAAUAUUUUUAAAGCACUUAGAAUAAAGGAAGAGCUAUAUGUUAGAUAUCAUAAUUUGUAUUUCUUGAAUUAUUCUGCAAAGUAAAAGGUUGGCUACCAGCAUUCGCCCCUCACUUUACUGCUGCAGUGCCUUGCUUUGAUUCGGUUGUACAUUUUUCUGCAAGUGAUUCAGAUCUGGACCACUGCCUGCAAUGUUUUACCUUUCUGAAUGGUUGAAAAAGAUUAUUUUGUGAUGUGAAAACUAUACGAUAUUCAAACUUAUGUGUCUAUAAAUUCAACUUUUGUUAGAACACUAAUAAAAAAUGUUUGUUUUGCCUGUGGCUGCCUUCACAUUACAGUAGCAGAGCUGAGUAGGCUGAAGAAGACCAUAUGCCCCAAGGGCCUAAGAUACUUUCUGGUACCUUACAAACUCAAGUUUUCUUAGAGCUGAAAGCAUCACAGUCAACACAGAGGUAUAUUUUUAUAUAUGGUAUGUGUUUCAGAAAUUAUGCAUAUAUCAGUUUGUGGGUAGAUGGAGGUUUUUUGCAAUAUCUUUGUUAUGUACAUUAUAUAUAUAUAUAACAAGACUAUAAGCAUUAGAAUUGUUUUUCAAAGGUAUGUUUUAGCUGCUGGACUGUCAUAGCAUCAAAACAGAUACCCUGAUGGAAUGUAGCAGUAAAUUGUGAAAUAAACAUUGUCUAAAUUAAUUGAUCCCUA